UUCAAUUGACAACGUCGACUGAAGCUCCAACUACCACUAUGGAUCAAACAACAACUUCUGAAGUUCUCUCAACAACUUUAAAACAGACGAUAGUGGCACAAACAACCACGAAACAAGCCACUACAACAACUGAUGCAGUCACAAUAACCGUAGAACAAACCAUGUCAGCUGAAGCUACUACCACUGCAUACCAAACUAUCACUUCUGAAGCCCUUUCAACAACAGGGGAACAAACUACGACGGAACAUACUCCUACUUCAACAGAAGCUGUUGGAACCACAGUAAAACAAACAACGUCCAAUGAAACGCCUACUUCCACUUCAUACCAAACGACCAUUGCUGAAGCUCUGUCAACAACCGCAGAACAAACAACAGCAGCUGCUACUUCCACUUCAGAAAUAUCAUCCACCUCUGGAGCUCCAACUUCGAUAGUCGAAUCUACGACCUCAGCUCAGGUUAACACUUCACCAUCGGGUAAAACCGGUACAACAGGUGACACAACGACUGGUUCAGCCACAGUCACUACAUCGCAAGAGACAAGCACUGAGGGUAAUACUGCAACUCAAACUACUGGCACAAUAGGAGAGACAACUACUAUCACAGCCGCAGUCACUACAACGCAAGAGGCAAGCACUGAGGGUAAUACUGCAACUCAAACUACUGGCACAAUAGCAGAUACAACGACUAUCACAGCCGCAGCUACAUCAUCACAAGGUACCGACACUGAAAGCACAACUGUCUCUCAGACUACCGAUACUACGAAGUAUUCUACCAACGGUACCUCAAUCUCUUCGACUACUGGUACAACAGCUGAGAUAACGACUGGUACAGCUGCAGUUACUACAUCGCAAGAGACUAGCACUGAAGGUAUCACUGUCUCUCGAACAACUGGCACAACAGCAGAGACAACUACUAUCACAGCCGCAGCUACAACACCACAAGUGACCGACACCGAAGGCACAACUGUCUCUCAGACUACCGAUACUUUACUGUCCAGCACAGAAGGUACCAGAAUCUCUUCGACUACCGGUACAACAGCUGAGUCAAUGACUGGCACAGCCUCAGUCACUGCAUCGCAAGAGACAAGCACUGAGGGUAAUACUGCAACUCAAACUACUGGCACAAUAGGAGAGACAACGACUAUCACAGCCGCAGCUUCAACAUCACAAGGUACGGACACUGAAAGCACAACUGUCUCUCAGACUACCGAUACUACGAAGUCUUCGACCGAAGGUACCACAAUCUCUUCAACUACGGGUACAACAGCUGAGAUAACGACUGGUACAGCUGCAGUCACUACAUCGCAAGAGACUAGCACUGAAGGUAUUACUGUCUCUCGAACAACUGGCACAACAGCAGAGACAACUACUAUCACAGCCGCAGCUUCAACAUCACAAGUGACCGACACCGAAGGCACAGCUGUCUCUCAGACUACCGAUACUUUACUGUCCAGCACAGAAGGUACCAGAAUCUCUUCGACUACCGGUACAACAGCUGAGUCAACGACUGGCACAGCCGCAGUCACUACAUCGCAAGAGACAAGCACUGAGGAUAACACUGCAACUCAAACUACUGGUCCAUCAGCAGAGACAACGACUUUAACAGCCGCAGCUUCAACAUUACAAGUGACCGACACUGAAAGCACAACUGUCUCUCAGACUACCGACACUACGAAGUCUUCGACCGAAGGUAUCACAAUCUCUUCGACUACCGGUACAACAGCUGAGAUAACGACUGGUACAACUGCAGUCACUGCAUCGCAAGAGACUAGCACUGAAGGUAUCACUGUCUCUCGAACAACUGGCACAACAGCAGAGACAACUACUAUCACAGCCGCAGCUUCAACAUCACAAGUGACCGACACCGAAGGCACAACUGUCUCUCAGACUAUCGAUACUUUACUGUCCAGCACAGAAGGUACCACAAUCUCUUCGACUACCGGUACAACAGCUGAGUCAACGACUGGCACAGCCGCAGUCACUACAUCGCAAGAGACAAGCACUGAGGGUAAAACUGCAACUCAAACUACUGGUACAAUAGGAGAGACAACUACUAUCACAGCCGCAGUCACUACAACACAAGAGGCAAGCACUGAGGGUAAUACUGCAACUCAAACUACUGGCACAAUAGCAGAUACAACGACUAUCACAGCCGCAGCUACAUCAUCACAUGAUACCGACACUGAAAGCACAACUGUCCCUCAAACUACCGAUAAUAUGAGGUCUUCCACCGAAGGUAUCACAAUCUCUUCGACUACCGGUACAACAGCUGAGAUAACGACUGGCACAGCCGCAGUUACUGCAUCUCAAGAGACAAGCACUGAGGGUAAUACUGCAACUCAAACUACUAGCACAAUAGCAGAUACAACGACUAUCACAGCUGCAGCUACAUCAUCACAAGGUACCGACACUGAAAGCACAACUGUCUCUCAGACUACCGAUACUACGAAGUCUUCUACCGACGGUACCACAAUCUCUUCAACUACGGGUACAACAGCUGAGAUAACGACUGGUACAGCUGCAGUCACUACAUCGCAAGAGACUAGCACUGAAGGUAUUAUUGUCUCUCGAACAACUGGCACAACAGCAGAGACAACUACUAUCACAGCCGCAGCUUCAACAUCACAAGUGACCGACACCGAAGGCACAACUGUCUCUCAGACUACCGAUACUUUACUUUCCAGCACAGAAGGUACAACAAUCUCUUCGACUACCGGUACAACAGCUGAGAUAACGACUGGCACAGCCGCAGUCACUGCAUCGCAAGAGACAAGCACUGAGGGUAAUACUGCAACUCAAACUACUGGCACAAUAGGAGAGACAACGACUAUCACAGCCGCAGCUUCAACAUCACAAGGUACGGACACUGAAAGCACAACUGUCUCUCAGACUACCGAUACUACGAAGUCUUCUACCGACGGUACCACAAUCUCUUCAACUACGGGUACAACAGCUGAGAUAACGACUGGUACAGCUGCAGUCACUACAUCGCAAGAGACUAGCACUGAAGGUAUUACUGUCUCUCGAACAACUGGCACAACAGCAGAGACAACUACUAUCACAGCCGCAGCUUCAACAUCACAAGUGACCGACACCGAAGGCACAACUGUCUCUCAGACUACCGAUACUUUACUUUCCAGCACAGAAGGUACAACAAUCUCUUCGACUACCGGUACAACAGCUGAGAUAACGACUGGCACAGCCGCAGUCACUGCAUCGCAAGAGACAAGCACUGAGGGUAAUACUGCAACUCAAACUACUGGCACAAUAGGAGAGACAACGACUAUCACAGCCGCAGCUUCAACAUCACAAGGUACGGACACUGAAAGCACAACUGUCUCUCAGACUACCGAUACUACGAAGUCUUCUACCGACGGUACCACAAUCUCUUCAACUACGGGUACAACAGCUGAGAUAACGACUGGUACAGCUGCAGUCACUACAUCGCAAGAGACUAGCACUGAAGGUAUUACUGUCUCUCGAACAACUGGCACAACAGCAGAGACAACUACUAUCACAGCCGCAGCUUCAACAUCACAAGUGACCGACACCGAAGGCACAGCUGUCUCUCAGACUACCGAAACUUUACUGUCCAGCACAGAAGGUACCAGAAUCUCUUCGACUACCGGUACAACAGCUGAGUCAACGACUGGCACAGCCGCAGUCACUACAUCGCAAGAGACAAGCACUGAGGGUAAUACUGCAACUCAAACUACUGGUACAUCAGCAGAGACAACGACUUUAACAGCCGCAGCUUCAACAUUACAAGUGACCGACACUGAAAGCACAACUGUCUCUCAGACUACCGACACUACGAAGUCUUCGACCGAAGGUAUCACAAUCUCUUUGACUACCGGUACAACAGCUGAGAUAACGACUAGUACAACUGCAGUCACUGCAUCGCGAGAGACUAGCACUGAAGGUAUCACUGUCUCUCGAACAACUGGCACAACAGCAGAGACAACUACUAUCACAGCCGCAGCUUCAACAUCACAAGUGACCGACACCGAAGGCACAACUGUCUCUCAGACUACCGAUACUUUACUGUCCAGCACAGAAGGUACCACAAUCUCUUCGACUACCGGUACAACAGCUGAGUCAACGACUGGCACAGCCGCAGUCACUACAUCGCAAGAGACAAGCACUGAGGGUAAAACUGCAACUCAAACUACUGGUACAAUAGGAGAGACAACUACUAUCACAGCCGCAGUCACUACAACACAAGAGGCAAGCACUGAGGGUAAUACUGCAACUCAAACUACUGGCACAAUAGCAGAUACAACGACUAUCACAGCCGCAGCUACAUCAUCACAUGAUACCGACACUGAAAGCACAACUGUCCCUCAAACUACCGAUAAUAUGAGGUCUUCCACCGAAGGUAUCACAAUCUCUUCGACUACCGGUACAACAGCUGAGAUAACGACUGGCACAGCCGCAGUUACUGCAUCGCAAGAGACAAGCACUGAGGGUAAUACUGCAACUCAAACUACUAGCACAAUAGCAGAUACAACGACUAUCACAGCUGCAGCUACAUCAUCACAAGGUACCGACACUGAAAGCACAACUGUCUCUCAGACUACCGAUACUACGAAGUCUUCUACCGACGGUACCACAAUCUCUUCAACUACGGGUACAACAGCUGAGAUAACGACUGGUACAGCUGCAGUCACUACAUCGCAAGAGACUAGCACUGAAGGUAUUACUGUCUCUCGAACAACUGGCACAACAGCAGAGACAACUACUAUCACAGCCGCAGCUUCAACAUCACAAGUGACCGACACCGAAGGCACAACUGUCUCUCAGACUACCGAUACUUUACUUUCCAGCACAGAAGGUACAACAAUCUCUUCGACUACCGGUACAACAGCUGAGAUAACGACUGGCACAGCCGCAGUCACUGCAUCGCAAGAGACAAGCACUGAGGGUAAUACUGCAACUCAAACUACUGGCACAAUAGGAGAAACAACGACUAUCACAGCCGCAGCUUCAACAUCACAAGGUACGGACACUGAAAGCACAACUGUCUCUCAGACUACCGAUACUACGAAGUCUUCUACCGACGGUACCACAAUCUCUUCAACUACGGGUACAACAGCUGAGAUAACGACUGGUACAGCUGCAGUCACUACAUCGCAAGAGACUAGCACUGAAGGUAUUACUGUCUCUCGAACAACUGGCACAACAGCAGAGACAACUACUAUCACAGCCGCAGCUUCAACAUCACAAGUGACCGACACCGAAGGCACAACUGUCUCUCAGACUACCGAUACUUUACUUUCCAGCACAGAAGGUACAACAAUCUCUUCGACUACCGGUACAACAGCUGAGAUAACGACUGGCACAGCCGCAGUCACUGCAUCGCAAGAGACAAGCACUGAGGGUAAUACUGCAACUCAAACUACUGGCACAAUAGGAGAGACAACGACUAUCACAGCCGCAGCUUCAACAUCACAAGGUACGGACACUGAAAGCACAACUGUCUCUCAGACUACCGAUACUACGAAGUCUUCUACCGACGGUACCACAAUCUCUUCAACUACGGGUACAACAGCUGAGAUAACGACUGGUACAGCUGCAGUCACUACAUCGCAAGAGACUAGCACUGAAGGUAUUACUGUCUCUCGAACAACUGGCACAACAGCAGAGACAACUACUAUCACAGCCGCAGCUUCAACAUCACAAGUGACCGACACCGAAGGCACAGCUGUCUCUCAGACUACCGAAACUUUACUGUCCAGCACAGAAGGUACCAGAAUCUCUUCGACUACCGGUACAACAGCUGAGUCAACGACUGGCACAGCCGCAGUCACUACAUCGCAAGAGACAAGCACUGAGGGUAAUACUGCAACUCAAACUACUGGUCCAUCAGCAGAGACAACGACUUUAACAGCCGCAGCUUCAACAUUACAAGUGACCGACACUGAAAGCACAACUGUCUCUCAGACUACCGACACUACGAAGUCUUCGACCGAAGGUAUCACAAUCUCUUCGACUACCGGUACAACAGCUGAGAUAACGACUGGUACAACUGCAGUCACUGCAUCGCGAGAGACUAGCACUGAAGGUAUCACUGUCUCUCGAACAACUGGCACAACAGCAGAGACAACUACUAUCACAGCCGCAGCUUCAACAUCACAAGUGACCGACACCGAAGGCACAACUGUCUCUCAGACUACCGAUACUUUACUGUCCAGCACAGAAGGUACCACAAUCUCUUCGACUACCGGUACAACAGCUGAGUCAACGACUGGCACAGACGCAGUCACUACAUCGCAAGAGACAAGCACUGAGGGUAAAACUGCAACUCAAACUACUGGUACAAUAGGAGAGACAACUACUAUCACAGCCGCAGUCACUACAACACAAGAGGCAAGCACUGAGGGUAAUACUGCAACUCAAACUACAGGCACAAUAGCAGAUACAACGACUAUCACAGCCGCAGCUACAUCAUCACAUGAUACCGACACUGAAAGCACAACUGUCCCUCAAACUACCGAUAAUAUGAGGUCUUCCACCGAAGGUAUCACAAUCUCUUCGACUACCGGUACAACAGCUGAGAUAACGACUGGCACAGCCGCAGUUACUGCAUCGCAAGAGACAAGCACUGAGGGUAAUACUGCUACUCAAACUACUGGCACAAUAGCAGAUACAACGACUAUCACAGCCGCAGCUACAUCAUCACAAGGUACCGACACUGAAAGCACAACUGUCUCUCAGACUACCGAUACUACGAAGUAUUCCACCGACGGUACCUCAAUCUCUUCGACUACUGGUACAACAGCUGAAAUAACGACUGGUACAGCUGCAGUCACUACAUCGCAAGAGACUAGCACUGAAGGUAUCACUGUCUCUCAAACAACUGGCACAACAGCAGAGACAACUACUAUCACAGCCGCAGCUUCAACAUCACAAGGUACGGACACUGAAAGCACAACUGUCUCUCAGACUACCGAUACUACGAAGUCUUCUACCGACGGUACCACAAUCUCUUCAACUACGGGUACAACAGCUGAGAUAACGACUGGUACAGCUGCAGUCACUACAUCGCAAGAGACUAGCACUGAAGGUAUUACUGUCUCUCGAACAACUGGCACAACAGCAGAGACAACUACUAUCACAGCCGCAGCUUCAACAUCACAAGUGACCGACACCGAAGGCACAGCUGUCUCUCAGACUACCGAAACUUUACUGUCCAGCACAGAAGGUACCAGAAUCUCUUCGACUACCGGUACAACAGCUGAGUCAAUGACUGGCACAGCCGCAGUCACUACAUCGCAAGAGACAAGCACUGAGGUUAACACUGCAACUCAAACUACUGGUCCAUCAGCAGAGACAACGACUUUAACAGCCGCAGCUUCAACAUUACAAGUGACCGACACUGAAAGCACAACUGUCUCUCAGACUACCGACACUACGAAGUCUUCGACCGAAGGUAUCACAAUCUCUUCGACUACCGGUACAACAGCUGAGAUAACGACUGGUACAACUGCAGUCACUGCAUCGCAAGAGACUAGCACUGAAGGUAUCACUGUCUCUCGAACAACUGGCACAACAGCAGAGACAACUACUAUCACAGCCGCAGCUUCAACAUCACAAGUGACCGACACCGAAGGCACAACUGUCUCUCAGACUACCGAUACUUUACUGUCCAGCACAGAAGGUACCACAAUCUCUUCGACUACCGGUACAACAGCUGAGUCAACGACUGGCACAGCCACAGUCACUACAUCGCAAGAGACAAGCACUGAGGGUAAAACUGCAACUCAAACUACUGGUACAAUAGGAGAGACAACUACUAUCACAGCCGCAGUCACUACAACACAAGAGGCAAGCACUGAGGGUAAUACUGCAACUCAAACUACUGGCACAAUAGCAGAUACAACGACUAUCACAGCCGCAGCUACAUCAUCACAUGAUACCGAUACUGAAAGCACAACUGUCCCUCAAACUACCGAUAAUAUGAGGUCUUCCACCGAAGGUAUCACAAUCUCUUCGACUACCGGUACAACAGCUGAGAUAACGACUGGCACAGCCGCAGUCACUGCAUCGCAAGAGACAAGCACUGAGGGUAAUACUGCAACUCAAACUACUAGCACAAUAGCAGAUACAACGACUAUCACAGCUGCAGCUACAUCAUUACAAGGUUCCGACACUGAAAGCACAACUGUCUCUCAGACUACCGAUACUACGAAGUAUUCUACCGACGGUACCUCAAUCUCUUCGACUACUGGUACAACAGCUGAGAUAACGACUGAUACAGCUGCAGUCACUACAUCGCAAGAGACUAGCACUGAAGGUAUCACUUUCUCUCGAACAACUGGCACAACAGCAGAGACAACUACUAUCACAGUCGCAGCUACAACAUCACAAGUGACCGACACCGAAGGCACAACUGUCUCUCAGACUACCGAAACUUUACUGUCCAGCACAGAAGGUACCACAAUCUCUUCGACUACGGGUACACCAGCUGACAUGACAACUAUGACAGUCGCAGUCACUACAUCGCAAGAAACAAGCACUCAGGGUUCUACUGCCUCUCAAACUACUGGCACAACAGCAGAGACAACGACUGUCAAUGCCGCAGUUACAACAUCUCAAGUGACCAGCACCAUAGGCACAACUGUCUCUCAGACUACUGAUACUACGAAGUUCACCAAUGAAGGUACCACUGUCUCUUCGACUACGGGCACAAUAGCUGAGACAACAACUAGCCAUUCCGCUGUCUCUACAUCGGCAGACAUAAGCAAUGAAAGGACAACUGUCUCUCAAACUACUGAUACUUCGAAAUCAAGCACCGAAGGAACAACUAUUUCUCCAACUACUGACAUAACAGCCGAGAAAACGACUAUCACAGCCACAACCACAAUUUCGUCAGGGACCAGCAUUGAAGGGACAACUGUAUACAAGACUGUAACAACUGCAGCCAAUACCACGCCAGUGCCCAGCACCGAAAGUACAACUGUCACUCAGACAAGCAUAACAAAUAAACCGGCUGGAACUACUUUAUCAACAGCUGUGCCUACAACAGGACCACCUGUUACAAUACCGACUACCGAUUCAACAGCUGUUAGGACAGAUCUGUUGAAUUUUGGUGCUUCAGCAGACGACACGAAAGGAGAUUUAGGUGAUGAUGUUGAAGUUGCCAGUAUUUACAACCCUGUUGGUUUGACAUGCAACUGUGAUAUAUAUAAUCAGAUUUAUAUUUACUCUAAUGGGUACAUAACGUUGGAUUCGCAAUAUUCUUCGAACAUCCCAAGAUCAUUUCCUUCAAGUUAUACCAGUGGAGUUAAGAUGUUGGCACCAUUUUGGGCUGACGUAAUAACAAAUUCAUAUUCAAAUGUAUGGUACCAUUUUUACAACAAGUUUGAUGAUCUGGACACUUCCGCAGCGACCUUUCUCAACAACACCAAAUAUUUAUUAACAAAUAAUUAUCCUAACAGUGAAGAGGUUUUAAACUUUGAGCCUAACACAGCAUUAAAAGUUACUUGGGAAAAUGUCUAUCCAAAUCCAAGUCAAGGAAAUACAGAGAAUGCCACAGUACAGUUAUUGGUGGUAUCAGAUGGAAUCAGUACCUACACUGCCUUCAUUUAUGGAGAUAUCUAUUGGACCUCCAAUACAGCCAGGUCCAUUUCUGCUUCCUGGCAGUGCAGUGAAAAUGAUGGCUAUUACAACCAUCCUGCAUCAUUUGAUUUAAAUUUCCCAACUGAAAUUCUGAGUUCCAGUAACAGCAAGACAUCAAUAAAUGGCCUAUGGAUGUAUCGGGUUGACACCUGUACUGAUACAAGUGUAAACUAUGACAAGUUAUGUUACGAAUGGCUAUCAACUUUAGCUCCAACUUAUGAUAGUACACUGAAUGUUUAUGAUGAAGUGUUGGUAGAAUGCCCAUGUAACUUGCCACAGGCUAAAAAAGAUCCACAAUACUACCAGGAAAUUGGAACAUAUUGUUUUUAUACUCAGUAUGCUCCACUUAUUUCUGCUGGUGCAAGGAAAUGCUGCUACUCUCAAGAAACGUCAUCUCUAUUGUCUAACACAGCUGACAGCGGCUACUUGAUGUUGUAUCAUCCACUGAAUAAUACAUUUAAUAAUCAGGAAUAUGAUAUUGAUCCUUUCGACAACUGCUGUGUUUUGGGAAGUCUAUGUGAAAAGUUUUUUGAAAAGAGGGUUUCAAGCAGUUGUGCUGGUUACUCGGCUCCAGAUCUUGGUCUCAUGGCUGGUGAUCCACAUUUUAAAACACUGGAUGGAUUAGAUUACACUUACAAUGGAAUUGGAGAAUACAUGUUAUUGAAUGUCCACAGCAGCACUGCAACAGAGAUAUUUAAACUUCAAACAAGGACUAUACAAGCAAAGGAUAAGAACAACAAUCCUAUAUCAGCUACAAUUUUUGGUGGUUUUGCUGCAUUGGAUGUCAAAAGCAACGGGAAAUUUCAAGUAGAAAUGGAUUCUACUCGUGAUGGACUUAUAAUUAGAAUAAAUGACAGAGAUUUUACUCUGGCUUUCUACAAUGAUACAAAUUUCCUAGAAAGACAAGACAAUAUAGUUGUGGAAAGACUGGGCAGUAAUUCAUUAAAAGCAGUGUUUACAACUUCAGGAAUAGCGCUGGAAGUUUCAUUGGCAGUUAAAAUGUUAGACAACAAAAUACUCCUACCAGAGAAAUUGAAAGGAAGUUCUGGAUUCAGUGGUCUUCUGGGAAAUGUGAAUGGAAAUAAAGAGGAUGACUUUGAACUUCCAGAUGGAACAACUAUUCCAUCUAACUCAACUGAAUCUGACAUUUAUUACAAAUUUGGAGAGUUUUGGAGAACAAAUGAAAGCACAACUAUAUUCCAGUAUACCCCAGGAUUUUCAUCUGAUUUCUACCAGAAUACAAGUUUUGUUCCAGUCUUCACCGAUUCAUUCAGUACUUCUGACGUAGCUGAUGCUGAGGCACUGUGUGGCACAAAUCGUGGCUGUGCGUAUGAUUACCUGGCUUUAGAUAAAGAUGAACAAGUGGCAAACAAUACAAGGAAAAUUGAGGUUGCUACCGAUGCCGAAAUAAAAAUUGCAGCCAAUAAACUACCAAUAGUAACUGGUACUAAGAGAGUAAAUGCCACAGUAAAUGAAACAGUGAAUCUGUCUGCUGAGGCAAGAGAUGCAGAUAAUGAUGAUGUUACAGUUUUCUUCAGUGGUACAAUCACUGGCCAACUGACAGAACAGGGAAAUGCCUCACUAUCAAAAACCUGGAUACCUAACCAAUAUGAGAAAAACUAUAAUAUAAGUUAUUAUGCAGUUGAUACAAACAGUGGUAUAUCCUCCACAGAAACAGUAGCUAUUUAUUUAUGUCCAGGAUGUAGCAGUAAUGGUGUAUGUGACUAUGACAAUCCUAUCACUGGCAGCUCAGCACUGUUAUAUUAUACUGUUCAAUGUAAAUGUGAUGUUGGCUGGGAAGGACAAAAGUGUGAAAUAGACACAGAUGGGUGUGCCAACAAUCCUUGUCCAUCACUUACAACAUGUCUAGAUAAGUCACCUGCAGAUCAAGACAGAGAUAAAGUCUUGUACAGCUGCAGUAACUGUGCAGCAGGCUUUGAAUUGAUCAAUGGAAAAUGUACUGAUGUUAAUGAAUGCUCAAACACAAAAAAUCGUGUUUGUGCACAGAUAUGUAACAACAAUAUUGGAGGUUAUACCUGCUCUUGUUAUCCAGGAUACAGAUAUAUUGCUGAUCAAUGUGUAGAUGUGAAUGAAUGUAUAGAAUCUACCUCCAGCUGUCAGCAAGUAUGUAACAACACGUUAGGAUCAUUUACAUGUGGGUGCCGUGAUGGUUAUCUCCUCAACACUGAUAAGGCCACGUGUAGAGCUGAUCCAAAUUAUAAUACUACACUAUGUAACGCCAAGAAUUGUCAGUCUGGAUGUACUAUAGAGAGUAAUGAAGCUGUGUGUUUUUGUGAGACAGGAUACCAGCUUAAUAAAGACAACAAAACUUGUAGUGAUAUAAAUGAAUGCAGUAAUAGUGUGGCUAUGUGUCCACAGGUGUGCACCAAUAAUGCUGGCAGUUAUGUAUGCAGUUGUCAUAAUGGAUUUAAAUUACAGGGCGACAAAACAACGUGUUUAGAGUGCAGUGGCUUGAAUUGGGGACCAAAUUGUGGCAGAAAAUGUAGUGAAUGUUCUGCAAAUACCAAGACAUGUGACAGAGUAAAAGGUUGUAUUUGUGCCACUGGGUGGACUGGUGCCACUUGUUCUCAGGAUAUUAAUGAAUGUGAUCAGACUAAUAUCUGUGGAGAAUUAGAAGAUUGUAAAAAUUCUUUUGGAUCAUAUGAAUGUGUUUGUAAAACAGGAUACAAGAAAGGAUCUGAUGGAACUUGUCAAGAUAUAAAUGAAUGUGUAACAGGAUUAAACAAUUGUGAUAGACAUGCUGAAUGUGUCAAUACUGAAGGCAGUCAUUUGUGUAGUUGUAAAUUGGGUUAUAGUGGAGAUGGUCUGACAUGCUCAGAUAUCGAUGAGUGUGAUUCGGGAACAGACGACUGUACACAAGAAUGUAUUAAUGCUAUUGGUAGUUUUAACUGUGACUGUCGUAUUGGAUUUACAUUAAAUACUGACAGGAAAACUUGUUCAAAGAUUGUGCUGCCAGAAGUUGAAGAUAAGUGUAACAGUCUUGCAUGUGGUUUAUCAAAUGGGGGAUGUAGUAUCAACAGCACAGGAGAUGCCUUCUGUUUCUGUAACUCAGGCUAUGAGUUGACUAGUUCUGGUGUUACCUGUACAGAUAUUGAUGAAUGUCAGAACAAUAAGGGUGGAUGUGAAGAGUUCUGUACAGAUAAUACUGGUGGAUACAGUUGUUCCUGCCCGACAGGAUAUAAACUAUCAUCUGAUUCUAAAUCAUGUGACUCAUGUAAUGAAACCAAUACCUGGGGACAGGACUGUGCCAAUGUAUGUAACUGUGGAAUAGGAGCCGAAUUCUGUGACAGACUGACGGGCUGUGUGUGUAAGACAGGGUACAAUGGUACCUUCUGCACAGAGAAUAUAGAUGAAUGUCUAUCUUCAACGUCACCAUGUCCUAACAAUCAGACCUGUGUAGAUACUGUUGGAUCAUAUAAAUGUACAUGUCCAACUGGUUAUCGCAUACAGAAUGAUGUCUGUGUGGAUGAAAACGAGUGUGUCUUACAAACAGAUUCUUGUAAUCAGAGGUGUAUCGACAAAGCCGGAGGUUAUCUGUGUUCUUGUGAGGACGGUUUUGUGUUAACAGACAACACAACAUGUCAAAACAUUGAUGAGUGUACCUUGUUGAACAAUAAUUGUGAACAGAUAUGUGUCGAUACAAUAGGGAGUUUCUAUUGUUCAUGCAGAGAUGGUUUCGUAUUGAGCGCUGAUCAAAGUAGCUGUGUUAAAGAGUAUGACCAAUGUGGAAAUAACAAUAUGAACUGUAGCUAUGGAUGUGAUCUAGAGAAUAAUGUCUGCUUCUGUCCACUAGAUUCUGAACUCAAUACAGAUGGUCAGACAUGUUCAGUUGUGUACAGAUCAGUAAAGUUUACCAUGACAACAGAUUAUCCAUACUCAAGUAAUUUAUCAAAUCCCUCAACAGAUGAAUUCAAACAUGCAAGAGUUGAUAUUGCAGCAGGUUUGGUUGACAGCUACAGCAAUAUUCCUGGAUUUAUAUCAUUAACUGUUGUUAGUUUGGGAUCUGGUAGUACAGUUGUUCAAUAUACAGUUGUAUUUAACCAGAGUUUGAAUGCCAGUUCAUUAUUUGAGUUAGCCAUCUCAACCUAUAAUAUAACACAGAUAACUGUGUUAGAGAAGCGAUACAAUGUAACUGGAGAAACUUACAUCGACUACAUAACAACUAUUCAUGAGCCAUUAACAUGUACAUUGUGUGGAGCAAAUCCUACGUGUGUUAUACUAACUGAAGGUAGUUAUGAAUGCAGACAACCAUUGUCUGAAAUUGAGAGUAGGUCAUUAUUUAUGGAGGUCACAUUACAGAAAACUUAUAACAACAAUUAUGGAAAUAAACUGCAUUUAGAUUAUGCUGCCUUUGAAAAAGAUAUAGAACAAGCAUUUGCAGCAGUGAUGACUGGUGUAGAAGAUAUUCAGUACUUAAAUGUAACAGAUUUUAGCAAUCACCCAGAGGGAGUGACCACUAGCCUUGUUGUGAUAUUCAACACUGUUGCUAAUAAGACCUUACAGUAUGAUACAGUUUUGAACAUCCUUCUAGAGAUAGAAACCAAAGAUAGAUGUGUAGACAUUGAAGAUACUUGCAUUGCUUUAUAUGGAAGUAUCAAAUUAGGCAACACAACUACAGCAUUAGACCCUGUGAUAUGUGGUACCUGUACAUUGACACAGGAUUGUUCACAAGACAAUCAAACUUCCAGAUAUCAGUGUGUUAAUAAACCAACAACAGACCAAACUGUAAUCUCAACUACAGAACAAACUUCAAGGUCAACAGAAGAACAAACUUCAAGGUCAACUACAGAAGGAAUAACAACCACUGUACAAAGUAAAAGUUCAUCAGAUUUGAUACUGGGCCUAGGUAUAGGAUUACCUCUAGCCAUUUCAGCAUUAAUAGUUUCAACCAUCAUGAUAUACAUGUGUUGUACACGUUGUAGACGUAAUGAUGGAUCAGACACUGAUUCAACAAUGCCAGGACAAUCAGAAGAUGACUGGAAUGUUAGACCAGCCUUUGGUAAAAAUGAACCAAGUUUAAGAGGAGCAGGAGGGGCUUUUGGUACAGACUUAAUGAGACAAUGGAGUAGAACCUCUGGUGACAAAUACCAUCGAGACCAACCUGAACUGGUUCAUCCCUAUUUUGGUCCUGGUGGUUUAGAUGAUUUUACCACAGGAGCGGGUUCAAGCGAAAGACUUGAUUUUCCUGAUACAACAGUAGGAGAGGAAGAUAUGGACGUUCCACCAAGGAGAUCUAAUUUCUCCUGGGAUUUUAUGUUUGAUAUGUUGAAUCCCAAAGAAGAGGUUAAGAUACCAAGGCCUCUUGUGGAUUCAGAGGAAGGAGACUUGUUCAGAGACAAGAAGGAACCAUACAAGAGGGAUUCUAAUGUAUAGCAAUGGUUCCUAUUAAGAUGUCUUCCAAAUAGUGUUCACUAAUUAGAACAGAAUGAAUUGUAAUAAAGUGAAAUAAAAUUUGAUGAAGAAUCUCUUUCGAUGGAUUACUAAUGUGGUGCUUGUUUUUAAUGAAUAAUAUAUCUUUUCCCAGAGAUUACUCAAGUGUUCAAACAUUUUGUUACUAUGUUUACUGGAUAUAAUGCAGACGUUAAAAGAAUGGUUAAAAAUUGGAAUUAUUUCAUAUUCGUAAAUGAGUUUAAUUUAAAAAAAAAAAAAUGAAGUAAAAUUGCUUAACAUAACAUAUAGUCAAUAUGUUCAUGAUGUUAUAUGUAAAUUAAAAUUUACAUUCUAAUUUUACCAAAACCAAAGCCAUGAAAUUGGAACUUAUUAUCAGUCACGAAGGAGUGAAAAUAAAAACUUCAUGAAUUCUACUUUUACCACAACUAAAGCCAUAAAGUUGGAACUUAUUACCAGUCAUAAAUAAGUGAAAAUAAAAACUUCAUAAAAAGAAGAUUUUUAUAUACAGUCACUGAUGUAAACUGUAAUGAAAUUCUUAUCUAUUACAUUAUAAAAGCAUUGUUAUUGACAAAUUAGGUGUAUAUCAACAUUAACAAACUGGUGAUUGGCUUUAAAUCAGUUAUUUGUACUUCAUUGAUAUCAGUUUUUGUAAAGUCUGACUAUGAAUACAGAAUUAGUAGCCAAAAUGAUGUAAUAAUAUGAAGUUUUAGUAAAUAGUCUUGUUGAUUAAAAAUCAAGAGUAGUUUUAUUUUAGAUUUGUUUAGGAAUAGUUUGUUAUACAUCAAAUUCAUUGAAUCUAUUUUAGAAUUAAUUAUCAUACAGAUGAAAUAUAUUUAUGUAUAUCUUUAAUUCGUCAGUAGUUGAAUAUUGAAUUUCAAAACCACCAACAAAAUGAAUAAUGUAAACAAAAAAGUGCAUUUAUUGUUUUUACAUCUUAAGGGAUUAUUAUUUUUUGGGGGGAUACUGUUCUUUUCUUUCAAGUAUAUAGGAAAUUAAUAAUAAAAAUUAUAUUUAUAACACAUAUAUUUCAAUAUAAGCAUUCAUGAUGAGGGGCAGUCUGUAUAAUAUAUACAUAUAUAUCUGUGAUAAUUUUUUUGUAACAUAUCAUUUAUAUAACACUGCUGUAUGCUUGGCACUUGUUUAAUAAUUGUACAUGUAUAUUACUUGCUGAUCAAGAAUAUGCUUUGCAAUUGUUUGAUGUACAUGUAUGGCCAUAUUGAGAACUUGUGAGAAUGGAAAAUAAGAUGAAUGUUAAUUGUAACUUACGCCUUAAAAAGCAAAUGCAAGUGGACAGUUUGUUAUGUAAGAUGAAAGACUGUUAUGUUAUUUGGUCUUUGGUCUGAUUAUGUUUAUUCUCAUAGUUUCUUAUGUGUGCUUGUGUGUAUGUAUAUGUACAAUAUAGCUUAUAAUUAGUAUCGUUAAUGAGGGUUAAUAGAUUUAUAAACAAAUAUAUAUAAUUUAUGUGUUCUUCUAUUGAUGCUGAUGUUAAAUUAUCAUAUAGAAUAUUCAUUUAUGCUUGAACAUUGUUAAGCAAUUGUUUAUAUAUAGUGAUUUUAAUCAUAAUAACCAUUAUAAUGAUUCAUUGAGAUCUCUCUUUAAGUAACAAAAAAAUAAAAGUAAAUUAGUACCUAGAUAUUUCUGCCACAUCAUAUCAAUGUAUCAACAUGUUGAAUUUUCAAAUAUGUAAAAGUUUAGGAGUACUUUUUUGGUAAUAAUUAGACAAGGUACACACAAAAAUAUAUGUACAGAAACACAACUGUCUCAAAAAGAUGCUCAAAAUAUUUAUUAUUAUCCAUUUAUCACGUCGCAUUUAUUGUGUUCCUAGUUCAUUACGUGUAGUAUGCUUAAAUCACAACUCAUUUUCAUGGAGGAACCUAGAAAUACAUUUCAUCUUCAGUUUAAAACUGAAGCUUAUAGUGUUUUUGACAGGUGUUUGUACAUCAUUUUUUAGAGCUCAAAGCGUGUCUCGGUGGAUAUCAGUUGUACAUAAUAUACAUUUUGUUAAUAAAACUUGAUUUAAUUGAACAUGAUGAAAAUAAAUCCCUGUGUUAGCAUGGUUAGUGAAUUAUAAGGUAAAAGUAGUUAAAACUAUGGCUAAUUUUCAAUUUACUUGAUUUGAUGGAUCCCACAUUUAAUCAUCUUCGCUAGCCAAGCUCUAGAGUAACAAUCCGCUCCCCUCCUUUCGCAUGUUUCGAUACCUUUGCUAGCGAAGAUGACAUUUUAUGUGAACACAGUGAAAACAUCUUUAUGAUGAUGUAAUAUAUUUUAUUUUUUAUUAUUUAUAACUGGACUAACAUUUUUCAAUACUUCAUUAUAUUAAUUUAGGUUUAAAUUUGGUGCCAAAUUAUUUGUUAAUCUUGUGAAUAAUAGUAAUUUAUUAUAACAAUUUAACUAGUAGAAAAUAUUUUGUACUAAAGCUAACCUUAUAUAGAAGUAUUUGUUUGCCGAUUACCUUGAUAAUUUUUUCUACUUUUAAAUAUUUUAUUAAUGAUUAUUUGAUACUUUGAGAAAGAAGAAUUCUUUGAUUUGUUUAUUGUAGACUUUUUUCAAAGUAGACAUGUUUAAUGAAACAAAUAUUUAGGAUGAUCAAGUUUUUAGUGACCUUGACUGGCUAUACGGCCCUCACAUGGUCGGUCAAAUAUUUACUAUUUUUUGGAAAGAUCUAAUAUAGGACAAAUACUUCAAAACAGUUGAAGAAAUGAGUCAUGAUAGGGAAAUAUUAAAAAAAAAGGUCUUUCUUAUCAGUGAUUGUUAAUACUGUUAGAUAUUAAAACGAUAAUAAAGACAACAAAACCCAUCAAUUACCGCAUGGUUUUGAAUGUCCCUGUGGUAAAGUUUGCCCCUCUUCUACCGGAUGGUAAGAGUUUAUUCUGGUUGACAAGUUUCGCCAUCAAGGAUGGCGUCUUCAUGACAAUAUUACAUAUAAAAUCAAACAGUGAGGUACAAAUUUGGCAGUUCAUGCGGUUAGCUUGAAGUAAUGUUACAAUAAUGGUUGUUAUCACAACAUUACAUGUAUUAUAGAUAUAAAUAGAAAGUGAAAUAAGAAUGUAGUAAAGAUGAAAGUGAAAGUUAUUCAAUAAAGUUAUUAACGAUGUGGUUAGCUGCUCUUAACACAUGUCAAAGAAAAGUGAAAGUUAGUCAAUAAAGUUAUUAACCAUGUGGUUAGCUGCUCUAAACACUUGUCUGUGUAGUUCUUCACAUGAAUAGAAUGUUAAAUAUUGUAAGAAGACAAUCCUACCUCUGGUGAAUAUUUGUAAUGCUUCGCUGAGCUUUUACAUGUAGAUUGUUGUUAUAAUUCAAAUCCACAUUCCAACAUCUUCUAUAAUCAAUUAACAAUCAAAGCAUUUUAGGGUGAAUACAGUCAGGUGAUUGUCUAAAUUUAGAAUUUUGCCAAAUUUUUAUAGAUGGUAAAUGCAUUUCUUAUGCUUGGUAAUUUAGUGCUGACACUUUUUAAAAAUAUUCAUUGCUAGAUUUGUGCAAUAAAAUCAGAUAUUUUAUGUUUGAGUCCUUGACAAAUCCCUUUUUACCAAAGAAGAAAGCAUUUUACAAGUUUUUCUGUACAUGCAGGAGGAAAAUUUUAUUUUUAUUUCUUUAGAAAAUACCAGUGUUUAACUAAACAUACAUUUAAUUAG